GCUUCCUAUGUUAUGAUGGCAGCUUAGAAACAUAGUAUAUUUACCUUUUGACUAUAUCCACACUACAUAAUAUUUUUAGAUUAUAGUUUAUUAGAACUAUUCAUUUUAAUGGAGCAAUAAUCCAACUACACAUUUUCUUCUAUAUACUUGAUUAAAUUGAUCUCAGAUGAAUUUUUCUAUUGCUCUUCAGUAUUGUUUUAUGAUUGGGAAAUAAAGCUCUUGAUUACUAGUUGGUAUGUUAACGUUGAAGGAAUUAAAUGUUCCAAUUAGUUGAAAUCCAUCUGAAAUUGAAGUAAGGGUGGAGAAUAUAGAUGAGAAAAAGAAAUACACAUUCACUUGAAUAAAAAUUAAAUACUGUAAAGGAAAGUGUGUGGGGGGCAUGAAAAAAAGUAGAGAUAUAUUUACCUAACACUAAUAGUGGGAUAGGAAAGCUGAAGAUGGGAACCUGAAUUUCACAUAUUAAUCUAAAAACCUUUCCACUAAAUAUCUGAAUAUAUGCUGUCCUCUAUAUAAGAUCUUGAUCCCUUAAGAUUUAAUAAUUCUAUAUUUCCUGCUUAGCUUUUAACAAUAAGUUGCUAUCAGGAUUACAGUUGUGAGCCUUGUAAUUGUAACAUACAGCCUAUAUUACUUUGUUAAUGAAGACAUGUAGUGAAAUACAUGAAAUGCCGUAAUAUGAUCAAGGCUCAUUAUAUAAACUCUGCUGGUUGCCUAAUCUUAUUAAUUUUCUUAUUAAAUGGAUGGUUAUUUGUUGUCAUAGAAUGUGUGUGUCUGUGUAUGUGUGUGCGUUGUGACAAAUCUAUAUACAGUAGCCUUUUUUCCCCCAGCAACUUUUAUCACAGAGCUCACAAAUGGACAGUUUAUAUUAUUAGCUGCAGUAACUUGACAAGUCUCUUCUUUGCAAUUUAUAUAUAACUUGCAGUUACUCAUUUCACUUUUCCUGUCAAACACAAUAACCGUGAUCUCUUAUUCACUGAUUAUUUCCAGAUCCACACUUAGGCACAAGGUUAAAAACCAAGAGACCGUGAAUUCUAAUCCUGCCAGCUGCAUGAAGCCAGCUGUGUGGCUUUGGGCCAGUCACUAGAAAGGAGACAGUUGCAAAAUCUUGUCAAGAAAACUGCAGGGACUUGUACAGGCAGUCACCAGGAAACAACAUUGACUCAAACGGACAGAAAAAAAAAAAAGCUUUUACGUUUUACAGUAUUUCCAACAUGAGACUUCUCAACCAACAACAAUCAUUAGUUACAAGUGUCUCAAGAUCACUCUUGACAGACUAUGGAUGCUUCUGGAUUAAGGAGUUUGCUUCCCAUGAGUGUAUUGGAGAUCAAGAGUCCAAAGAGGAACAUGGUCUGCAGAAGAAAAGAACAAAGCAGCAGCUGGAUAGAGUGAAGUUCACCACAAAAAGGAAAAUUGCACAGAUGUCGGAAGAUGAACAGUUUGCCUUGGCUUUAAAAAUGAGUGAGCAAGAAGCCAGACAGUUAAAUUCACAAGAGGAGGAAGAAGAAGAACUUUUGAGAAAAGCCAUUGCUGAGAGCCUAAGUAGCUGCCAGCCUUCUGAGUUUUCUGCUGCAGCGCCUUUGCCUCUCCUUUCCCAGGCAUCAGUGUCUCCAGUGCAAAACCCCCCAUCUGGAGCAGAGGAUUCCCGGCUCCUUGAAGUUCCGCCAGCUUCCUCUGAGUCUCCUUGCUCCAAGUACAGCUCCCUCUUUCCAAGUGACAGAGCUGAUGAGAACAGGCAGACAGAUGUCACCAAGAGUCCCCUGGUAGUACUGACGAGGUUAAGCCAGGACAUAGUUGAAAACUCACUAGUCUCUAGCAUAAUUGUAUCUCCAGGGGACAGCCAGCCUUUUGGAAGGUCAGGCCCUUCCUCGCCGGCUGGGAGCUGCUCCAGUGAGGCAUCACUUAGUGCAGAAGAGGAGUUACCUAUUAUCCAAAGUCCCACCUUUCCCCAAAGACCUCGGAGGUCUUGGCAACUGGCACCCCGGAGGCUCUUUCUGGAAAAGAGCAGCCUUCUAACACCAAGAGAUAAAGAAAUGGAACAUUCCCCAAAUUACUUAAAAGGUAAUCCUCAUGUUGAUUGCCCAGGAGCCCUACAGAAGGAAGUCCAGCAGCAGAGUACUUCUGAUCAUGACGGAAGUCCUUCCAAGUUUGGAGAUCAGGCUGAGCAUGGCAAAAAUACACGUGGGUCUGCUGAGCUUGUCGAAAGGACUGGCCUCCCAGAAAGCGCCCUGCCAACUUGCACCCUUCCUUGGACUGACAAGAAAUGCCGACGUGAAGAACCGGAUGUGGUGCACUAUUAUUGGGGUGUUCCGUUCUGCCCCAAAGGAAUAGAUCCUAACAGAUAUACUCAAGUCAUCCUGUGCCAGCUUGAGGUUUACCAGAAAAGCCUGAAACAGGCUCAGCGGCAGCUCCUGCUGAAGAAGCCAUUUGGGCAACCGAUUGUUCCUAAUUCACGUUCUCUGAGACAAAGUGAACUUGCAAAAGAGGAGGAAACAUCACGACAAAGAGAAGAUACCGAUGAUCAAGAAGGGGAAGACCAGGAUGAGAAAAAGGAACCCGAUAAUGUGGCCUGGCUCCUUUCCCGAGUAAAUGGAGAGUUUUACAAACAUCCAGCGCAGGAUGUAGCAGAGGGAAGAAACUCUGAGUGUGGAGAUGAACCAGCAAGCAGCUCUCUUCAGGCUUCCCAAGUGCUGUUUGCAGAAGAUAUGCUUGAAGAAAGGGAGCCUGUGCAGAUUACACAAAGCAUUUCUGCCUUGACUCCCUUGGACAAUACGAAGAACCCAGACAUUGCCACAGAGGAUCACGCUGAGGAGGAAAUCACUGUGUGCCCUGAAACCCAGCAGAGUCCAUCACAAGCGGUUGAGCCUGAGAGUGGAGAAAUCCAUUCAUCCAGCAAAGAUGUCUUUCCGCAGGCUGAUGAAGAUGCAAGAGAGCAUGCACCCGGGCACAGCCCUCAAGCUGAUAACCUCAUGCCAUGUCCGCUGUGCGAACUCAGAUUCCCAGCUUCAGAAAUUGAGCUACAUGCUAUGAAUUGUAAUGGCAUUGGAGAGGACGCAGUUGAAGAUGGUCCAGUAAUGACCCGAAGACAGAGGGAAGCCAAGAGUAAGCUUGCCAGCUGCAAAAAAGCCUCACAAUCUGUAGACAUUGACAAGCAUGAGAAGUGUUAUCUUUGUAAAUCUCUAGUGCUCAGGAAAGAGUAUCAGAGCCAUGUUGAUGGUUGUCUUUGUAGCCGGAAUGUUGAUGGAACCCAGAGUCAUAAGAGGCUGCGGCAUACAAAAGAGAAGGGAAGGUGUGAAGGCCGGUUACUGAGUAUGCUAGAACAAUCUGAAAACAAGGCUGCAGAUGCAAAGAUGGCUGCUCCACCAUCCAGAAAAGAAGACUCGAGGCCCAGUUCAACAGAAAUGGACAAGGAAACAGAGCGCAACCAGAAUUCAGAAAGAUUCUUCCCUCAAGGACCCUGCAGUGACUCUCCUAUUAGAUCAUUUACUUCCAUUUCUGAAGCCAAAGACUGCCUAGUGGACUUUAAAAAACAGAUGAUGAUUAAGCCACGCACUUGGAAACAGACCAAAGCCAGCCAUCGGAAGCAAAAGAAGUGCUGAGGGUGGUAUCAUGGAGAAGACAUCAAAAUAUGGACUCUACUGAGCCUACUUGGCAGAGACCUCUCAGCUCCCUAAUCAGCUCUGCUCCCUACUCAUUCUUCUGUUAAUUUUUGUAUGAAUUCUCCCAGAAUUUGUCAUGUAUUGACUAAGCGUGUACUCUACAGGUGCCUAUUCAACCUUGCUUUGCAGUUAGACAAUAAAAUGAAAUAUAUUUAUUAUGUUUUUAUAAACUUCAA